CUAGGAACUCUCGGCUCUGUAGCCCCGUUUCCGAACGAAACUUUUACUCUGCCGCAUCCAUACCGGAAGUUGUGUUUGUGGAGGUCAAGUCAAAUCGUUGAAGUCGAAUAAAACAGUCACAAUGGUGAAAAAGAAGCGCUUGAGACUGAUUGCUGAGAUGGCCCGAAAGAUCCGGGCUUAUCGAGAGCUGAAAAAUCGGCCACGGGAUUCACAACGCUAUGCCCUGGACUAUGAAACCAUGACACGGCCACUCACCGGUAAGAGGCUGCCAGUGCUGGCCUGGCAGGAUGUGCGGAGGGAGACUCCACUUUUCAAGCUCCUGGCUGGCAUGCGCAUGUUUGGUGUGGGACGGCUCUUUACACGGAAAUCGUGGAUAGAGGAACACACAGAGCCCUGCUACUGGAAGAUAACUAAAGUGAAAGUAGACUACACAGCAGAGAAUAUGGACCAUGGGAAAGCGUGGGGCAUUUUGACAUUUAAGGGUAAAGAAGAAGCCUCUGAGAAGGAGCUAGAUAAGGUCAUGUACCACGACUGGCGCUUGAUACCCAAACAUGAAGAAGAGGCCUUUACAUGCUUCGAGCCUGUCCCUGAACCACCCAUCCGUCAUGUGUGCUAUCCACCACUCCUGCGUGCCAUGAUGUUAGCACAGCAAGCCAAGGAGCUUGGCGUCGAUGCCAGUACCCUACCUGAACCCAGCCUACCUCUUAAAAGAGAUGUGCUGCUCAGCAAAGAGUACUUCCGCAGCCAGGAACAGCAAAAACAGGAAGGAACACCCGUAUAAGCUGAAAUAAGUGGAGAAAUGAUAAACUUUUAUGAGUAGCCUUCUUCCUCCAUUCUUUUCAGUAGGUGUUUAUCUCAGUGUGGCAGCUGUUCUUUCCGUGAUUUAGGACAAGCUCUUCCUGCCCAAAAGCUAACAUUAAUCUUUAGAUAAGCAAAAUAGUGUCUUAUAAACACGCCAUGUAUUAUAUCAUAAUGGUAGCCUUGUUUGGGAAAUCAACAUGACUUCCAUCAUCUUCUGUCCAUUUUGUUUAAAGAUUAGGACGGUCAAAUACUUUUCUUUGGUGUCAAGCCACUGAAGGAUUUUGUGUUCCUUAAAGAGGAACGUUUAAUCUGUCCAUGUGAUGUCAAUUACUGUACAUGCUCUGAUAACUGCAUUUGCAUUAUUUAUAAAUAAAAAUGAGAUACUAAUGACAAAAUUAAA